GAUAAUUACAGCUCCAGACUUUUCAUCCAAAAUUUACCCGUCCAAAUUCCCGAUAUACACAAAACAUUUAGCGUUAUCUCUCUCUUCUCUUAUUUCUCUUUCUCCCUCUCUACUGGUUUUCCUUCUUCAGCCAGAGCUUGGAACCAGACCAACACAAAAUCCAGAAAAAGAGAGAAGAGAAGAAUUUAGUUAUGGAUUCACUGAUUGUUUCAGACGCUCUUGUUUUCGCGCGGGCUCCUUCUGCUUCAGUCAUCACUUCUACUUCGACAAUUCGUUAUCAUCUUCCUUGUUUUCUCUCUCCUCCCAUUAGAGGACCUCCUUGUUGGUCCUCUUCUUCCUUACUUAAGAAUUCUUCUUCACUCAAUCGCAAGAUCUCUGUUGUUAAUGGGACUGGUGGUGCUGUAAUGGCAAAUUCUAUUCCGCCAAAGAAUGGGGUAUAUACCGUUGGUGAUUUCAUGACCAAAAAGGAGGAACUACAUGUAGUAAAGCCCACAACUACUGUUAAUGAAGCACUUGAGUCCCUUGUGGACAACAGAAUUACUGGUUUUCCUGUAAUUGACGAUGAUUGGAAGUUGGUUGGUCUUGUUUCUGAUUACGACUUGUUAGCGCUAGAUUCAAUCUCAGGUGGUGGUGUAGCUGAGACGAGCAUGUUUCCUGAAGCCGACAGUUCUUGGAAAACAUUCAAUGAGAUACAAAAAUUACUCAGUAAGACUAAUGGACAAGUCAUUGCUGAUGUGAUGACGACUGCUCCGCUUGUUGUCCGUGAAACUACCAACCUUGAAGAUGCUGCAAGAUUAUUGCUUGAAACAAAAUAUCGACGACUUCCAGUGGUGGACAGUAAGGGGACUCUGGUUGGAAUUAUAACAAGGGGAAACGUAGUUAGAGCUGCUCUGUAUGUAAAACGUGAACUUGAGAAGAGGGGAUAGAUCCAAGACCACCUGUCAUUCAAGUCUGAAAACAAAGGUACUCUGCGAUAAUCUGUACUCUUGGUCAUACUGGUGCAAUGGUUGAUGACGCUUUCAGAUCUCGACCUUAUGUGAUAUCGUCGUCAUGUUUGCUUUCCCACUUAUUGCAUAAAUUUAGUUGGAGUUUAAUUAGCAGAAUACUAAUAGCAUAAGCGUUGUUCUGAUUUAUGUUAAUCAUAGAAUUGUCGUACUUAGCCUCCGAAAAGCGUAGAAGUGUGUAAUGUAACCAAAACCAUUUUGUUAAACAUGUGUAUAUGUCUAUGUAUUUGUACCUUCUAUCGGGAUAUAUAUAUAUAUAUAUAUAUAUAUGAAGAGAGUUUCUAACGCAA